UGUGCACAGUAUGGCUGCCUGUCAUCAGUAGUGUCAGCACUAACCAGAUGCGGCUCAUAGUGGCGCUGUUGCUUGUGCACCUGUACGGUCAAACGGAAGCAGCGCAGUGCGCAUGCUCAACUGGUAGUUUGAACGUGCGCAGUGGAGCGGGAACGUCACACGCCAUCGUCCACGUCAUGCAGACCGGUGAGUGCGCCACCUACCUGGGCCAGUCCAGCCAAGCAGAAGACCUCACCUGGCUCCACGUGACUGUGGCUGGACAGACCGGGUGGGCGGCGUCCAACUGGCUGAACGUUGAAGAAUGCAAAACAUCGCAGUGCGCAUGCUCAACUGGUAGUUUGAACGUGCGCAGCGGAGCGGGAACGUCACACGCCAUCGUCCACGUCAUGCAGACCGGUGAGUGCGCCACCUACCUGGGCCAGUCCAGCCAAGCAGAAGACCUCACCUGGCUCCACCUGACUGUGGCUGGGCAGACCGGGUGGGCGGCGUCCAACUGGCUGCACGUUGGAGCUUGCGGUACCAGCACAGGUACCAACACAGGUACGAGCUCCGUGCAGUUGCCCGGAUGUCCACACAUCGUCACACGUGCUGAGUGGGGUGCACGUGCACCCAAAUCUCACAUCGGCAACAUGGCGGCCUUGCCCAUCUACGUCUUCGUCCAUCAUGGCGACGGCAGCGAAUGCUUCGACAGGGCCUCCUGUAUCGCCAAAGUGAAAAUAUACCAGGACUAUCACAUGGACACGCAUGGCUGGCCCGACAUCGGCUACAACUUCGUUGUCGGGGAGGACGGCAACGCGUACGAGGCCCGCGGGUGGUCAGAGAUCGGGGCCCACACCCUGGGCUACAACAACAACGGCAUUGCGAUCUGUGUCAUCGGUGACUUCAACAACCACGUGCCCAACGCUGCGGCGCUGGCCACGGUGAAGCAGCUGAUCCAGUGCGGCCUGGCCAACGGCAAGAUCAACCCUAACUACACCCUCAAGGGGCACCGUGACGUGGGCGACACUGACUGCCCGGGCACUGCCCUCUACAACCUCAUCCACACCUGGCCCCACUACGCCAGUGGCACGGCGCUGUACGGCUGACCGCGGGGCCUGGGGCAGGUGCACAACAUAUUUCUAGUGUAACACUCUCGGCCUUACACGUAGCUACUCAUACCAUGUGAGUACGUUGUAUGGACGUUAUGGUGACGUCAGAAAUAUCAACCGUCGCACGUUGAAAUACAGUAACCACUUGUUAACCCACUA